UUAGAGAUAACUGCUGCAAGAGGGAAGUGUGGAAUUUGAUGGUGUAUUGUAAAAAUGCACCAGAUUGCAACACAAAAGUAUCCUUUGGGCGUUUAGGGGAUCACCUUAAAAAAUGUCAAUUUGAAACUGUAGAAUGCAUCAACGGUUGCAACGCUGUCUUGCAAAGGAAAUAUUUAAUCGAUCAUUUGCAAGCAGUGUGUGAAUUUAGAGAAGAGGCUUGCCAAUAUUGCAAAGUGACUUUAAUCUUUAAAAAUAUUAAGGAUCAUGAAGUCAUCGCAUGUCCGAAGUAUCCUGUUUAUUGCACAAACAAUUGUGGUGAAAGUUUUAUGAGAAGUGAGAUUGAUGCACAUCUGACUAUCUGUCCAGAAGCUGAAGUGGAAUGUAGCUACAAAAAAUAUGGUUGCCAUGCCAGGGAGAAACGGAGGAAGAUCAAGGAACAUGAACAAUCUUGUUUAAAUGAACAUUUAUUGCUUGUUGUUACAAACAAUAAUAAAUUGGAAGAACAGAUAUUGGAUCUGCAAAAAACAUUAUGUGAAAGAAACCACAUUAUCACUCAGAUGGAAGAACAAAUAAACAAGCUUGACAUCAUGGUUGCACAUUUGAGUGAGGUUAUUUCUAAAAACGAUGAUGAGAUUGCAAAGACACAGAAAAUCCUGGCCGGACAUGCUGACAAAAUAAUAACCAUUGAGCAACAUUCACAACAACUUUGCAGAAGAUUAGAUCAAGAAAGAAAUAAUGAAAUAACAUCACUGAAGGAAGUAAUUAUUGCAUUGAAGGAAAAGGUGGAAACUGCUGAAAAUAACAUUGUGUCAAUGGUUUCUUUUAAGCCAUGUCUGAAGCAACACGAAUUAUUGUUAAAUGCCCAUAAGAAACUACUAGAAAAGACUAAUGAGAGAUUUUGAGUCUUGGAAGCAGCUGGAUACAAUGGCAAACUGAUAUGGAAGAUCUGCAACUACAGAAGGAGAAAACAGGAGGCAGCGGUGGGAGCUGCUGUUUCUCUUUUUAGCCAACCCUUUUACACAAGUCGGUGUGGAUACAGGCUCUGUGCUAGGGCAUAUUUAAAUGGAGACGGUGCAGGCAAAGGAACACAUUUAUCUUUGUUUUUUGUUGUUAUGAAAGGCGAAUAUGACUCUCUGUUGAUGUGGCCAUUUAAACAGAAGGUCACUCUUGCAUUGCUUGACCAAAGCCCAAAGAAACAUCACAUUGUAGAACUCUUUAAGGCCGAUGCCAGCAGCACCAGUUUCAAAAGACCAAUUUCAGAAAUGAAUAUCGCAUCUGGAUGUCCACGAUUUGUGUCCUUUGCAGUUCUCGAAGUUGGGAAAAUGGGGACAUAUAUAAAAGAUGACACAUUGUUCAUCAAAGUCAUCGUGGACUUAACUGAUCUUGAAGAUCAAUAGCCGAAUUUCUAAAAUUUUACUCAAACUAAUGGAUCUAUUGUUCGAUAUUGAAUGUUAUGUUACUAUAUUUUAUUGAGCACCAAGCUUGGGAAAGACUAAUAUAAUUAUUGUGAAUAUUUUUUUAUUUUUCUAUUAAAUGCAGAUCUCAUUCACA